UCAAACUUCAACUCUUCUCCGUCUCGCCCAUGGCUGUUCCUGCGUCCCCGCAUCAUCGUAUCUGAAACACAACCGAAUGCAAGUGUCAUCAUAGCUUGCUCCACAUGCCUCCCAAAGCGUCGAAGCCCGCUUUCAAGAGCACAAUUCCUUUUACUGAGACUCAAUGGCCAGUCAUCACUCCAGAUGUCCGCGAUAACAUUGUCGAUUUGUUGUGCCACCUUCUCCAACCCCUAGGCGACCACCGCAGGACCCACAUCAUCCCAUCCAAAGGCAAAAAAAGCAGGACCAAAAAACGGAAACGCAGCACCAAAGAUCAAAACGAACAACACCAUUCAUCUUCUGACCCCUCCACCAAAUCUAAUCCCAAAAACGACAGUAGUGAUGAUUUGAAUCAACCACUACCACCGCCUCCUCCUCCGGAAAUAUCAUCCCACAUCCUGAUAGGACUAAACAGUAUAACACGCCACCUCGAAGCGCUCCUCCCGCCGCAAACCCAACCCCAAGCCCAACCCACCGCCAAAGAGACCCCCGAGCAGCCUAAACUCCGCCCCUUUGCCCAAAUCAUCCUCCUAACCACUUCCCCUGCAAACCCCUCGCUUUCCCUCCCUCACGCACACAUCCCCCCUCUCCUCUCUCUCUCCUCAUCCUCCAACGCAAAACAGCAGACGCAGAUUCUAUCCCUCCCACUUAACCCCAGCGAACCGCGUCUCUCGUCCGCCCUGCACAUCCCGCACAUCGCCGCGUUGGGGAUCCUGGAAGGAGCGCCGGGGACAGAAGCAUUAAUUAACUACGUGAGGGAGAAUGUCGAGGGCGGUGGGGUUGUCGAGUGUAAGUGGGUCAAGGAGGCGAUGGAGGGGAGGUGGCUGGGGGGGAAGAUUGUGUCGUAG